AUGUUAUGUUUACUAAAAUUAAUCGUAAUGAACCAUGGUGCAACACCAUUAUUUACACUUUAUAAACGAUGGCAACAACGACAAGCAACAGCACUAACUUGGAAAGCUCAAAAUGAUAAUCAAGAAAUUGCUUUAACUACAGUACCAAAACCAAAUGAUGUCUAUUAUUCAAAAUUAAAUGCUAUAUUAAAAGAAAAAGGUAAACAACCUGUAGAAGAUCGACGUGGAGUACCAAUGCCAAUAUUACGUCAAUGUACUGAAGAAUUAAUACGUGAAACACCAGCAGAUCUUUUGUCAAGAUGA